AUGAUAACCACGCGAAGGAUGGUGGUCAUCAUCGUGGCAGUGGACCUCAUGCACGUCUUGACUCUGGUUCCAGAGUACGUGACAGUCACUCUGACGUGGCGCUUCUUCCCAAGCAGAAACAGAACACUGCUUAGUCUGGGCAUCAGAGACGGUUCCGCAAAAGGCGUCACCUUCCUUCUGCAUUUUAUUUUGGCUUUCCUCGGUCAGGUGCUGGUCAUCAUCUUCACAGCCAUACUGACCCUUCACCUGAAACGCCAAACGUCGUGGCGACAAACUGUGACGAAGGAGAUAGUCAAAAAGAACAAGAAAUCUUUUUCUUCUCGAGACAAAAAGUCUAUGAUUCUCGUUGUGGUCAUCGCCAGCGUUCUGAUCGUCUGCUACAGUCCUUCCAUCUUGUGCCUGGUCAAUUUCAUCUUGCCGGAAUUUUACGUGGGAGGAAAGCUAUUUCCGCUGUUUCGCGACGCUUGGGCCUUCGCCUACUUGUUCGCCAUCCUUAACUCGGGAAUCAACGUUUUCAUUUUUUACAAUGUAAGCACUAACUACAAGAACACCUUCAAACAAUUUUUUCGCUGUUUAAUAACAGUCACUUCAGUAGCUGUCAACAAUGCUCAAUUCUGUUUUAAAGUUAAGAAUACUCAUGAAAAGAUAACUCCGAGGUUUUGUCGGGAGACAAUUCUAAGAAAUAAUUAUGCUUAA